GACAUGCGCAAUGGUUUAUGAACUGGGAAGUAGUUGCAAUAACAACAACAACAACAACAACAAAGUGGCUGUGCUCACAUAUUCGUAGAAAUAGUCGAUAUCUUGAGAAGAAGUGGCCCCACGUGGAGUUACAAAGUGGACGUAAAGCAUGUGACAUUAUCUGCGCGUCGCAGGCGGCUGAGAUGCAACAAAGAACAGUUUGUGAAACUCCGCCCUUAUUCGACCGAUUGGUUUCAAUCCCGGAGCGGUUUUAGGACCCGGGUGGAGAGGGUUACAGCAGGCGCGCUGACACGUGUGAACACACGGAAGCAUCGUCCUCAAGGGAUCAUAUGUAUCCGUUCUCUUGUCACUGUGAUGUAUUUAACUUUCACACCGUUCAGUCGCACAUCCGACCCACGGAACUAACUUCAAAACUAUAGAGGGAGGAAAUGCCGCUCAGGCUGGAAGUUGUAGAGCCUUCCUAUACUUGAUUAAAUAAGUAUGCUGGAGAUUUUUAAACAGCCUUUUGACUUAAGUUUAAACUUCUUCUUUUUUUUUUUAAAUGAAAACAUGAAGUCGUAAGCCUGUCGGUCGCUAACAGAAGUUCAGGAUUGACCCAUGAAACACGGCGAAUUGUUGCCCCCCCCCUUUUUUUUCUAGUGAAGUUUGUUGUGGUUCGACCCCACACGGAUUGUUGAGCGCGCAGUUCAUACUCCAUGAGUAUAUUUAGCACGCUGCUUUAAUAUGAGCGAGAAGCUACCGUUAGGAGACACCGCGCUGGACGCGGACCAGUCCUCGCCGGACUUGGAGAACCACGUCCGCCUGGAGGAGGGAAACGCGGAGCAGCGCGCCGACGACCCGAGUCAUCUGGACGGGCACGAAGCGCUGCGACCCACCCGCCUGUACAAACGGCGCUGGAUGAUUGUCCUCCUCUUCAGCUCCUAUUCACUGUGCAACUCCUUCCAAUGGAUACAGUACGGCAUCAUCAACAACAUUUUUAUGAAGUUCUACAACGUGGACGCCUUCACCAUAGACUGGAUGUCCAUGAUCUACAUGCUGACAUACAUCCCCUUCAUCUUCCCGGUGACCUGGCUGCUGGACAAAAAGGGGCUCCGGGUCAUCGCGUUGGUGGCCACUGCGCUCAACUGUACCGGCACGUGGAUCAAAGUGGCCAGCGUCCAGCCCAACCUGUUCGCCGUCACCUUUCUGGGACAGUUCUGCUGCUCCUUGGCGCAGGUGUUCAUCCUCGGGAUGCCGUCGAGAAUCGCGUCCGUGUGGUUCGGUUCAGAGGAAGUGUCCACCGCCUGCUCCAUCGGAGUCUUCGGGAAUCAGCUGGGUAUUGCCAUCGGGUUCCUUGUGCCUCCCAUCCUGGUGCCUAACGUGGAAGACAUGGACGAGCUGGCUCACCACAUCCGUAUCAUGUUCUACAUCACAGCCGGAGCGGCCACCUUACUCUUCAUCCUUGUGGUCUGUGUCUUCCAGGAGCGUCCUAAAAUUCCUCCGACUCAGGCCCAGGCCACAGCUCGCAGCAUCCCACCAGAGCAAUACUCCUACAUGGCCUCCAUUCUGAGGCUGCUCCGAAACAGGCCCUUCAUCCUCCUCAUCGUCACUUACGGUUUGAACGUGGGUUGUUUCUAUGCUGUCGGCACCCUGCUGAACCGCAUGAUCAUCGAGCAUUACCCCGGAGAAGAGGUGAAUGCUGGGAGGAUUGGCCUCACCAUUGUCAUUGCCGGGAUGGUCGGCUCCCUCAUCUGUGGCAUUUGGUUGGACAAAACAAAAACCUACAAGCAGACGACCCUCGCAGUCUACAUCAUGGCUCUGGUGGGGAUGGUCGUCUAUGCUGCAACGCUCGAUCUGGGACACCUCUGGGUGGUCUUCAUCACCGCUGGAGCUCUUGGGUUCUUCAUGACGGGCUACCUGCCGCUGGGCUUUGAGUUUGCAGUCGAGCUGACGUACCCGGAGUCGGAGGGGACAUCAUCCGGACUCCUCAACUGUUCAGCACAGGUGUUUGGGAUUAUAUUCACCAUCUGCCAGGGGAAGAUCAUCGACUCCUUCGGCACACUGGCAGGGAACAUCUUCCUCUGUGUUUUUCUUCUAAUCGGCGCAAUAUUGACAGGCUUUAUUAAGUCUGACCUGCGGAGACAAAAAGCAAACCAGAUGGCCAAAGCAGCAGUAAGUGUGGAAGCGAGAAGCCGGCCGUUGUGCUGCGUUUUUGUUUUUGUUUGUUGUGUACUUGAAGUGGAACAAGGGUGGUGGUAUAGUUUCAUGACGUUGACCGCACGAGACGGGAAAAGCACGGGUGUAAAUAAUAUAAUUAAUAAUGGCCGAAUUCCAUUUAGCCGCUUCAGGUUCUCCCAGAGCGUACCCGACAUUUGAAUGGACAGAGCCAUUGUUAAUGUUAUUAGUAAAACCUGUGCUUUUCCUACUGGGACCAGUCAACAUCGCUGCUAGGGGAAAUAGGCCCAUGUGUUAUGUGUUUGCAUGCCAUUCGUUUGCGUGCAGUCAAAGUCAAAGUGUGUCUUACGCUCCAGAAAUAACUCCCUCUGCUCCCUAUUGUGUCUAUUUGUGUUGUUUUGAGUCGGCCUGCAUGCCAACCCCAAUUUAACAUAAAAAUAUGGGUGACUAUGACCCGAUACUGCUCCACUGCAUGAUGGUUUUCUUUCGCUUGCAUGUGUUAAGUAACACACAUCUUUGAAGAUUAUUGAAUUUGUCUGGAUAGUACCGACAAGUAAUGCUUUACCCCCUGUGAUUUACCCACUGUGCUUAAUCCACGCUGGCUUAGUCCUUAACCAAUGCAUGCCUUUUAUUUUUCACCACCACUGAAUAACUUGCCAGCCGUUGGUAGAAGAUUGUUGGAAAAAGAACCUGCAAUGCUGCCCUCGGGAGGCGACAUGAUCGUGGACAAAAUUGUCAUUAUUUAUGCCUGCGUGAGUCUCCAAGGUCUGUGAUGAAGUUGCUCGUGAGGAGACCAGCACUCUCUUCUAAUGUUCGGACGCAGUGAGGAACAGAGAUGAUAUACUCCAAAAGAGAGAGGUUAGAUGAGAUGAUUGGUACCACUCGUAUCUGUCUGGUAAAUGUAAGCUGCUGCAGAGCCAGGAGACGAUGAGCUUAAAUAAGAGAAGCGGGGAGAAACGGUUGGCUUCCUCUAUUGAAUGGAACCAAAUCCCCCUAAUAACGUCCCAAAAGCUCACUUUUCUCGACUUACUCUAGGAAAUAAAACUUAUUUUGCACAAUGCUAAACUUUUUUUUCCAUUUACGAAAUACAGCAAAGCUGGAUUUGACUUUAACUUCAAGAAUCUCAGUUAUAAAAUAGAAAAAGGGAUUCAUAAAAACUGCCCGGUAGAUCAGAUUCUGUCCCAGCAGCUUCAUCCUGGGCCGGAGACUCGCGCCUCUAAUAAGCACUGAAUGAGAAGUGAUUGGCAGCUGUUGUUUUAGGCGGCGGGGCAGAUACCGGGACAAGACUACGGAGCCACGACGCUCAUCUCCCAACCAGAGACUCUUCCUUCAAAGCCUGAUCAAUAAACUUUUCUGCUUCCACAAAAAAAAAAAAACCUCCUCAAAUCUUAGCUCGACACGCAAAUGCACAAAGGUACGCGCAAUCAUCAGCACCCUGUCGGUAAUCACCCACUGCACUGCCUUCCACCCGACUUUUCUGUCUCACACUCGGUUUCUUACGAGCACGCUGAAUUCAAUUCACACAAUGAUGUGAAGAAAAAGAAAUUUCACUUCACCUGUUUUAUUAUAGGCAUAAAUAUACUUUUACAUGUUGGUACACAGAGACUUAGAUUUGAAACUACAUCUUUAUGAAUGAAACUACAGUCUUAUUUUAUUCACCUUGUGUCUGUCAGUAAGCUGGAGCAAAAGUUGUAGAAAUGUGCAGGUAAGAUGAUGUGAAAAAGAUCAUCUGGGCUCUUUUCAGUCACACAUUUAUCUUUAUUUAUUAUUUAUUUAUUUAGUGUACAGAAUGAGCGUAGAGAUGUAAAGCUACAAAGAUUGAGCAGAGUGGAAGGGACGAUGGGUGUUACUGUUUUUAGAGGAAUUCUCAGACUCGGCCAUCUUCAGAGACCACUUCUGUGUUGACUCCAUAAAACGGUUGAAUUAACGAGCCUGUUUUGAUUGAUAGGGACCAUCCGACUGCCACAAUGAGAGCCCGGCUGCAGCAUCUAUCAUCAAAGAAUCCAAGUUUUAAACCCCCCCACGCUAACUUCCCUUCCGAGAGUCAAUUUAUAAUGUGUUUUCUAUUUAUGAAAAAGAAAUGCUGAAUUAAAUCUGAGAAUGCACAAUUUUAAACAUAUGCUAUAUAUAUAUAUAUAUAUAUAUAUAUAUAUAAUGUGUAUGAAAUUUUCUAAAUUAUAUGAAAAAAACCAGUCAGUAUUUUAAGUUUACAAUUAAUUGUGUACUAUGUGUAUAUAAAUAAAUAUAUAUGUAUGUAUAUACAUGUGUGUAUGUAUGUGUGUAUAUAUAUACACACACACACACACAGUAUCCACGUUUUUUUUGGUGGUGAUUUUGGAAGUAGAUCUUUGUGAUUUAAAAUACAGCAGCAUAUUAACACGUUUCUAAUCCAUGGCAGUCCAGUGAGGGAUGCGAUUAUUAUAUUAUAUUAUAGUUGUGUAAUAUCUGUAACACUAUUCAUGUUUAACAUGAAAUAAAACAAGUUUUAUAAAGUC